GGGAAGUAAGAGACACGUCUUGGAAGCGACCAGCCAGUGUGGUGGUGACUCUCCAAGAAGAAACAGGUGAAGCAAGAUGGUUCGAUGGCGGCCGCUGGUGGUGGGCGUGGUGACGGUGGUGCUGCCUCUCGCCUCCGCCCUGGUCACCUACACCUUCGUCUCCAUGGGCUCCGAUCCGGUCACCCUGGACGACACCGGAGCCCUCAUUCUGAUGCUGGCCAUGGCUAAGCUGCUGCUCCUCUCUACUCAAGGCAUCUUUCCGGUGGACCUGAACGAGGUUUUUUACGACCUGGUGUACCGAGCCCCGAGGGACGCCGAAGAGAGGAAUAACCUCUAUAAGGUGCCUGACGUGGAGGCAUUGCCAUGCACGCGGAGGUUCAUAUGCGAGCUGGAGGCCGCAGCGCGGACCAGCGACAACUACUUGCCCCGAGGGCCUGAGGAACACGAGGGACGAAACCCCAACGAGGAAGCCGCCCCUGAGGAGGUGGACCCCAUCACCGAGAUGCAGAUCGAGGCCAUCCGGGCCCUGUACAGAGAGGAGGAUCCCACGGGAGAGCUGUCUGACCGAGGCCGUCGGGCGGUGAAGGUGGUGGAGGGGCUGACCGGGUCUGCGUGUGAGUCUGCCUACCGCCUAUGUCCCGGCAGGUACACGUCCGGGAUGGUGUUCCGAGCCAUCUUUGACGAGAUUAACCUCAAAGCCCACAAACACGACCACUACUUAGAGGGCAUAUGAGGGACCACAGCUUCUACAUGGACCAGGACCACGAGGACCACAGACACCUAAAGAACAAAACUAACGAACCACUAGCAUUGCAUGGACCAACAAAGACAACUUGGGACAUAAUAGGACUCAAGGAAGGAAGACCGAGUGGGACGAUGUCAAGAUGAGAAUUAGAGGCAAGACUAACUAAGAACUGGAGCUGGAUGAACAGAAGAGGGACUCUACGGCCAAGAACACUGAUGGGCCAGGAAAACAUGGCAACCGGAAGCCACAUGAGAGAGAGAGAGAGAGAGAGAGAGAGAGAGAGAGAGAGAGAGAGAGAGA